GCAUGUCUAGCAUUUGAAAUGAAUAUCAGCACAGUCUUCUAGUUAUGGUCAUAGAACAUGAAAAGGCUUCAAGACCUUAUCAUUAAAUGUGCAGAACAGCACCUAAACCAAGUAUGUGUUGUCUUUGAUCCUGGUCCAAAAGCUGGAGAAGAAAUCCAAUUAAAUAUGGGCUGUCAAAAUACCAACUAUGCUGAUAAUUUUUGUAAAUACAAGCAUUACACAUACUCUACUUUGAUUGAAAAGAGUCUGGGGUUCAAACAAGCUCUUGAAGAAGUGCAAAUAAAUGGACAAAUAGUUGCUGUGUGUUUAACUGAAAGUCUUGAAGUCCCUAGUCUAUUGCUUGGGUUACUGUCAUGUAAUUGUGCCUUCUACCCUAUCCAUUGCGAUGGGAUCGAGUACACCCUUCAAGCUCUAAAUAAAGUUGGGGCAUCCAGUAUAGUUGCUCAUACAUGUUUGAAGAAAGAUCUCAUACUGUUACUGAAGAAACUGAAUGGAGUUCAAGUCCAGUGUGAUGUGCUUGAAAAACAUGGCCUCCAGCUCUUUAGACUAAAAACACCUGGCCAGUUCAUCAAUUCCAUCGAAACAGAUCUGGCCUACUGCAUUACUACCUCUGGCACCACCAGCAGCCCAAAAAUUGUGAGGGUGCCUCACUCUUGCAUAGUCCCUAACAUUAUCAAUAUAAGAGAGAUAUUUCAGCUUGGACCAGGUGAUAGGAUGCUGCUGACCUCCCCUUUGACCUUUGAUCCCAGUGUGAUAGACAUCUUCUGCACACUGUCCUCUGGUGCCUGCCUGGUUGUUGUUCCCAAGGAGCUCAAACAACAGCCUGAGAGAUUUUUAAAUGUUGUACAUCACAGACAAGCUGUCACAGUCAUACAGGCCACACCAGCACUACUGAGAACUCUGACCCCUCUAAGAGUGCAGAACACCAUCCUUGGACCUGAGUCACAUCUCAGAAUACUUGCCCUAGGGGGAGAACCUUUUCCGAGUGGUUCUGAUUUGCACGCCUGGAGACACAGAGAUAACACACUGACACAGUUUUACAAUCUGUAUGGGAUAACUGAGAUAUCCUGCUGGGCCUCUUGUCAACAUGUUGAUUUAUCUGGUGCACUGCAACAAGAUAAAGAAGUACCAAUUGGGAAGGCUCUAGAUAAAACUGUAUUGAAAUUGAUGUCAGAAGAUGGUGGCUUGCAAGUCACUGCUGAUAGCGAGGGUGUUAUCUGGAUAGGUAGCUCAGAGCGGGUCUGUCUUAUUGAUGAUGAAGUGGGCACCAACAGCAAGUGCCAGAUAAGAAGAGAUGCUGAUGGUAUGGUCUGGAGAAACAGUGGAGACUGGGGAAGACUUGACCGUAUGGGAAAUAUUUUCUGCUUGGGUCGACAGGAUGAUCAGGUGAAGAGACACGGAAAGCGCUUGAGCCUCUUGGCUAUUGAAAUGGUGUGUAAGAAAAUGCCUGGAGUCACAGACUGCUGUGUAUUAUGGGAUGGAACAAGGCUGAUAGCUGUCAUUAACUUGGACACAGUAAUGAAACCAGGACAUCAAAUUGAAGUUGAGCUGACCAAUGAACAACAGAAUAAACCUUUAGACCCUGGCAGCAAUGCUAGUUUUAUAACCGGCCAAGAUUUAGCCAACCAGCACAUUGAAACAAGUCUACACCAGCUUAUUACUGAAGCACUACCAGCACAUUACAUGCCAGAUUUUUUUGUCAUGCUCAACAAAAGUUUCCCCAUGACAUCACAUGGCAAACUAGACAAGAAAGAACUAUUAAAAAUAGCUGAUCACAAGAUAAAAAGUUUAUUUAGUAGUACAAAGCAGAACCCUUUGAAGAUUGCUCAAGAUGUAUGGAUGUCACUUCUUCCGAAGGUCACGAGCAUCAAGUCAUCUGACAGCUUCAUUCAUCUGGGAGGAGAUUCAUUAGCUGCAGUCAGGGCCAUUAACCUGCUAGAAGCUAACUACAAAUGCAAUAUGAAUAAACUGUUUGAUAUACUUGUUAACAGAGACUUCAAAUCUUUUGCUGAGGAAUUGUCUGAAACUUUGAACCGCCCCAACUUCAACACAUCAGACAAUGAGGGAAUGAGUCAAAACCCAGCUGUUCAUGGUGUAAACAGUCUGAUGGGGAGUAAAAGACAUGCAGCUAGUGAUGAUGUGCUGGUCAGGAAAAUGUGUAGAAGUUCUGAAACUGCCCCUGUAGUCAGCAGUUUAUCUUCAGAAGCUGAGCCACUACCCAAUGAGUUAUCCUCGGAAGGCGUACAACUUCCUCAUGUAAUAUCGUCAGUAAAAGUACCAGCAUCUAAGGUCAUAUCUUCAGAAAAAGUGCCAUUAUUGAAUGUUUUAUCUUCAGAAACAGAGCCACUACCUCAUGUGAUAUCAUUAGCAGCAGUAGCUCAGCCUAACUCCUGUUUAGUCAGUGAUUCCAAAGACAGUUCUGUAAAAAAUAUAAUUGCAAAUAGAAAAAAAGAUGUUGGUAGUAUUGAAAAUUUACUACAUAAAACUGAACAAGCCAAAACAUCGUCAUCUGUGAUUGCUAUUUCACGAGGUAACAGAAUUGUACAUUGUGAUCCAAGCUCUGUUGGGAUAACAUAUGAAGACAGUCAACAACCAGUUUAUUCUGUAUGUCCUUCAAGUGGUCAAGAGCCUUGUUCUCGUGUCUUGAAUGAUUUGGCUUUACGUUGGAGAGUAGACACAGGGAAAUGUGUGGAUGCUUCACCAUUGGUUGUCUUAUACCUGCAAACAGAUUUACAUCUAUCUUUCAUUGGUUCCCAUUCUGGCCAGUUCACUGCUGUUGAUGUAAAUACUGGCAGCUCCGUGUGGUCAGUCUUAUUGCCAGAUAGGAUAGAGUCAUCUGCCUGCAUUGACAUCACUGGCGGUAAAGUUGUAGUAGGCUGUUAUGAUGGUAACAUAUACACUUUGUGUGCCAGAACAGGGGACAUAAUUUGGACAUUUGCAACAGGAGAUUUGAUCAAGUGUUCUCCAGUUGUUAAUCCUUCAACAGGUCACGUUUUAUGUGGGUCACAUGAUGGCUAUUUAUACUGUCUGGACCUCUGUAGGAAAGUGUGUGUGUGGAGAUGCCACCUGGGUGGGGGGAGUGUGUUUGCUUCACCAGUGGUGGAUGUUCCAUACAGCUUAGUGUAUAUAGCAACACUCUCUGGAAGGGUUGCUGCCCUUGAAAUGAACACAGGCAGUGUGCAGUGGGAAACAGAGCUGAAAAAGCCAAUCUUUUCAUCUCUCUGUGUUUGUGAGAAUCAGCUGCUCGUGGGCUGUGUUGAUGGCCUACUCUAUUGCCUUGACUCUUCAGGAAAUACUAUUUGGACGUUUCUUGCACAAGGGCCAAUUUUCUCAUCUCCAGUUGUUUAUGGAUCAUCUAUUUACUUUGGGUCACAUGACCACCACGUGUAUUGCCUCUCUGUCUCAGGUGAACUCAGGUGGAAGUUUGAAACCAGCGCAACAGUUUACGCCUCGCCAUUCCCCUGCAGGCUCAGUGUGAGGUGUGGAUGUCCUAGUGACACAAUGGAAAGAACUUACCAAUCACAUGAAACAGCACAAACUGACCAAUUACCUGACACAACACAUACUGACCGAUCACAUGACAAACAUACUGACCAAUCACAUGACACAACACAUACUGACCAGCCACAUUACACACUUAUAAUUGACCGAUUACAUGAUACAACACAAAUUUAUCAAUCCCAUACUGACCAAUCAUGCAAUACAACACAAAGUGACCAGUCACAUGACCCACUUGACAAGCCUCCAACUGACAUUCUUCAUAAUAAAUUACCAUCAGAGGUAGCUUCAGUAUCUGCCCAUUCACCAUUAAUAAAAACUCUUCCCUUAAACCAAGACAGUGCAGGAACACCAGUUGUGUGCCAUUCACCACCUUACCUCUGUGAUGGUCUAGUGGUCCCAUCUACAGAUGGAUGGUUGUACAUUCUUGAUGCCUCUACUGGACAUUGCUUGACCAGGUGCAAGUUGGCAGGUGAAGUUUUCUCCUCCCCAGUGGUUCUCAACAACCGCGUCAUAGUGGGUUGUAGAGAUAACUUUCUUUACUGUUUCGAUGUCACAUGAUUGUAAUUGAAUAACAUGUUUUUGUUGUUGCUCAUGUAGUGAAUUAUUUUGUUUUCUGUAUUUAAA